UAAAGAAUCGGAGAACCAGCCACUGUGUGGGGUGCGGCGGGCAAAUCCACGACCAAUACAUACUCCGGGUCGCACCGGAUCUCGAAUGGCAUGCGGCUUGCCUGAAAUGUCAUGAAUGUCAACGGUUUUUGGACGAAACGUGUACGUGUUUUGUAAGGGACGGCAAAACUUACUGUAAAGUGGACUAUGUCAGGUUAUUCGGAACGAAAUGUGAUAAGUGCGGGUUGUCGUUUAGCAAGAGCGAUUUCGUGAUGCGAGCCAAAAGCAAAAUCUACCACAUCGAGUGUUUUAGGUGUCGCGCCUGCACGAGACAGUUAGUUCCGGGCGACAAGUUCGCGUUACGAGACGGGGGUGUUCUCUACUGCAAAGAAGACCACGACGCGAUGGAGAAGACGUCCACGCCGACGACGCCGCAUCCUGCUGGCGAGAGCAAUAACAACACCAGCCUCAGCAACAACAACCAUAACAGCAAUUCGACAGAGUUGGGGUGUAUGUCGGAUUCCGGCUCGGAAAGCGGCUCCCACAAAGACGGCGGUCUGCGCAAGAGCGGCGGUGGUGCAGGCGGCGGUAGCGACGGCAAACCGACGCGCGUGCGUACCGUCCUCAACGAGAAACAGCUGCACACACUGCGGACGUGCUACGCGGCGAACCCGCGUCCCGACGCCCUCAUGAAGGAGCAGCUGGUGGAGAUGACGGGACUUUCGCCGAGGGUCAUCCGGGUCUGGUUCCAGAACAAGCGGUGCAAAGACAAGAAGAAGACGAUAUUGAUGAAGCAGCAAAUGCAACAGGAGAAGGACGGACGGAAGAUGGGAUAUGGUGCCAUGCAAGGAAUCCCCAUGGUGGCUUCUUCACCGGUACGGCAUGAUUCUCCCAUUGGAGUUCAUCCACUGGAAGUACAAGCCUACCAACCACCCUGGAAGGCUCUCUCGGACUUCGCCCUACAUGCCGACCUCGAACAACCACACCAACCGGCCUUCCAACAGCUCGUCAAUCAGAUGCAUGGCUAUGACCUUCCUCCACCUUCGAUAGGGCCAUCGCCCGGAGCCCCUCACCCUGGCCUGCUGGGAUCGGGGGGGCCAGGAGCACCAUCAUCCGAUUCCAUGACCCACCCAGACAGUACAGACAGCUACGUGACCUACCUUGAGAGCGACGAAAGUCUACCCGCCAGCCCCUAACAUAUUGAUGCGGGCCCAGUCAACUAGCACCUUCCUUCACCUCUUCUCAUGUGCUGGGGAGCUCUCCUCAUGCAGCAGCUCGCUUGUUUCCUGCCCUCGACGCCACCUUGAUGAAAUUUCGAGAACAAAAUUGUGUCGUUUGAUUUGAUUUAAUUGAUAUACAAAAAGUAUUCCCUUGAGCGUUUUUGAGUACGCCACUGUUGACUUUAUAUUCUCGGUGAGAGAGGAAUUUUUUUUACUUAGAUGAUGAUCAAAUUUUGUGCGAGGUUCAGAAGAUAUACCAACACAUAACCAAACACUUUUAAUAUCAAAACUGAUGUUUUUUAAGAAAUUAUACCUCUCGUAAGGUUUCUGUUUUUUGCGCAUACAUUUUUCUCUGAGCACUGUAAAAUAGUAACAUUGAAUUAAUUUCAGGAUAAUUUCAAUCAAAAUUUAAUCCGUCAUUUUCAAUAAUUCCUUUUGCUUCAAGUUCCUGAAAUCGAAUAUUUUGUGAUAUUCUAUGUGUUCGUAUCAUGUGCAGAUUGAGAUUUUAAUCUCGUAACAGGAACCUCUAAAAAUAUUUUGAUUCAAUAGCAGCAAAGUUGAAAUAUUUUUUUAAUGUCUCAUAUUUAUGUGUUUAUGUUAUAAAAAGAGAGCACUUAGCUAAUCAAAACAUACAACUCUAGUCUUUGCCUUUAUACUUGAUUAUUUCUGAAACAUUUAGUUAUCUUCUUCUCUCAUCUCCAACUGAAAAUAGAAAAAAGUAACUGUGUCAACUUCAAAAAUAUUUAGGAAGAUUAUAUAAUCAACAACUACUUUAAUAAUUUUAUUUUUCUAAUUAUUGAAAGAAGUAUUAUACUGAAUUAUUCAAAAAUGUUCCCAUUUUGACAGGUGGGUCAAAAGUAAACAAAAAGUAAACUAUUAGUGUGGGUAUAACGAAAAAAUGCCUGUACCUAUAAUUACGAGUUAUGUAAGUUCUGGAGAGCAAUUUUGAAUUCUGAAAAAAUUGAAAACUAAAAAUAAUAAACUGACUGUUUAACUAAAACCAGAGAGUUACAAUU